CAUAAUUACCUUGUACUUUUUUAAGCCUCGGGACUUAUAUAUGUGGAAAUUUAAUGGACCUGUUACUUCUGUCACUAUCGUGUUUGAAGAUGGGUGUCCUCAGUUUUUAUCUGUUUUUGUCAUGUUUCCUAGUAGUCACCCAUGGCAGCCCCUCUGAUUGUGUUGGAGAACGCAAAGGGAUCCUACCAGACCCUGCAACGGUAUCUGGACUGUGGAACUUAAUAGCAGUUUCUCUUAGUCCAAAUUCUAAGUAUCAAAGUGAUGACAUAGCCUAUGUCUACUCAAAGGUGUCAUUUAGUGAAAGUGAAUUGAAUUGUACUGUCUUUUCUAAUCCAAUGGCAGACACUAAUGGACAACUCUAUGAACAUGAAAGAAUACCAGGUACUCAGGCCUAUAAAUUCAAAUCCACAGAGGAACUUGCAGAGAACUAUACCACCACAUUAUUCCUGCCACAUCCAGACAUUCUGAUAUGCUAUGAUCGAGAAGAUAAUGUAUUAAACGGAGCAUAUAUACACAGUAGAGGAGCAUCACUCCCAAAAGAAGAGAUGGAUAAUUUUUUAGAGUGGAGCAAAUGCAACAAUCUGAGUAAUAUUACAGUCUAUAAUCACACUCUCAAUGAUGCCCAAGAAUGUUAUGGCCUUUUUGAACGCUCAGAAGAUUUAAAAGGCAUAGAGGGGUGUGAAACAUGGGGGCUCGUUGCCAAAGCUUCAAACUAUGCUGAUAAAAAUUACCAUAUCCGACUGCUGUACUCAGCUAAACUGGAGCUCUGUAAAGAAGAAGAAGCGUAUACAGUCAAAGAGAUCCAGAUUGCAGGGGAAGAGAAGACCUUGAUGGAGCUGAAAUAUAAGAAAGGAGCGAAAGAAGAUAAAGUAAAAUUGGAAUCAUUUAAGACAGGAACAAAUUUGCUGCUUCUGGGAGUUCAAAAGGACAACCAGAGGACUUUAUUUCUUGCUUCUAAAACAUCCAAAGCAAAGCAGGCUGUUUUGGAUGACUUUGAGAUAAAAGCUCACUGUUUUGAAGCAACCUUUACCUAUCUAGUCCCUGGGAGCAAAGAGGAGGAGAGUCACGCUGAAAACCAGUAAUACUCUAAGAUCCAUCUGAAACACAAGAAGAAUUUAGUGCAUUUGUUGUUUGUAAACAAAGGGAGACAGCAAUUUAUUAAGCCAUCCCAGCUCAUUUUUAAAAGUUGUACUUGUUCUAGAUGUUAAUAAAGGGUUCUGGUUUUCUGCAUACAUUA